CUUCUAUAUUAUAUAUAGAGAUGCUUACUUGGUAGCUAAGACAACUUAGGAAAAAGUUUUUACACCUUGUACUAGUAAAAACUAUGGAUUCCCAAGCAUUGGCAAGAGGCAAGGCUCAUCAACCCUGUGCUGCUUGCAGAAUGCUUCGUAGAAGAUGUGACAAUAAUUGCGUGCUUGCCCCAUAUUUUCCAUACGAAAUUGAAAAUUUUGCGGGUGUUCAUAAGGUUUUUGGUGCUAGCAAUGUUAUCAAAAUGAUUCAGAUGGUGGAGGAAACCAGAAGGGAAGAUGCAGUGAAGGCAAUAAUCUACGAAGCAACAGCAAGGCUUAGGGAUCCCGUAUAUGGCUGCGCAGGGACUAUCUUUCACUUGCAGAAAAUGGUCCAUGAAUUGAAUAUGCGAGUAGAGACGGUAAGAUCUCAAGUCUUGGAAUUGCAAGAACAAAGAGAUCAGUUAUUGGGUAUUUUGACAAAGGUUCAUCUUUCCCCGGCCGCCCCUGCUAAUCAUCUGGCAUUUGAUGGCAGUGAUUUCUCAUUAGAUGGUGAUAACUACAUGGGUUAUGAUCCUGUUAAAUCUCCUGUAGAAUGCGACUGGAUUGUGUAAGGUGCCCAUAUUGAAGAAGUGUGUAAUUGUUCUAUAUGGAAUUACACAAGAUGUUUAGCAAGAUUAGAAAGGAAGUAGAAUAUAAUUAUUGUAAGAAAAUGGUUAGAUGAUAAUUUAAAUGAAGAAUUUAUGUGUAGGAAUUCUGUAGUUAUAUAAUCUUUAGCUAUUCUGGAUUCCCAAAUGAAAUAUUGUAGACUAGUUUAAAAAGCUAAUUGUGCAUCCCAAUUCCCAUCAAUUUUUCAAACCAAUCUGAUAGAGAAUUAGGCUUGGACCGCA